GGGCGUAGGGCGACAGCCUCCUUUUGGGCAAGAGUAUGAAACUUGCGAGUGUCAGGUUGACUGUAUUGGAAUCAGGAGAGAGUAGACCCAUACGGUUAGUCUAAAAAAGUAGCAUCUGUCCUUUUUCGCCCCAGUGUCACUGUCAGGUAGGAUGUUUGCCUAUAAUCGCUGUGCAGCACGCUCCACUCUCCUUUUCGCUAAGUAGCUGGGGGCUGGCGGGAAGGGAGUGCCACUACUUCUGUUUAGAUGAAAUGUUGUAGUUGUAAGAAGACUAGCUUAAAAGUCAUGUGGAUCCUGUACAGAUGGAGACAAUGAAUGAGUGUGGAGUUAGGUAGUUGGUGCAGCUCUUUAUUGACAGUAGUUUUAAUAUUAAAUUUUGUUUUUAAGUGGAAAAAUAAACAAGUUAUUUCUGGGCAUUCAAAAGAAUCGAAAAGAUAGUUUUUAUUUUGUCGUUUGAAAGAUAACACUCAUUUUUCUGUGUAAGUUCUAUAGAAAAGGCAUUUUGGCAAAAUUCAGGUGCAGAGCCUGAUAUUUCACGUGCAUCUGGAUUUUAUUUUAUCUAGGGAGCAGUUUAGGAGCUUGCUACAGAUUGCAGGUUUUUUUUUAAGUGGGAUUUUUGUUCAGGAAGUACAUAAGGACUUCUUCAUGUCACUCCCACCCCGCCUCUCCCAGCGUUUGGGUAAAGGAAAACUGCCUGAAGAGGCAGGCAUUGUGGAGUAAUGACUAGAAUCUCUAGGCCAGCGGCUCACGGACCACAGCCAGUUCUAGCCCUAGUGCCUCUGCAGUUAAACUAUAAAGAACAAUUGUAUUUACCCUGCUAUAAUGUUUAGUACAAAACUAAUUAAGGUCUCUUUCAAGGCUGCAGACUCUGCCUUAGUCCUUAAUCGAAGGUACCUUUGUAUCCUGAUGCAGCUGAACUUAAGGAAUUAUGUUAAUGAAUAGCAUCAACUUGUUAACUGAUUAUAAGCCAGGUAUGAGGGUGCUGGUAGAUGCUCGAGAAAAGCUUCAUAUUCCCUGGGGAGAUAACACAAACCAACUCCACGGAGACAAGAUGAUGUCAUUUGAUACCCGGGCCCCCAUGGCAGCCCAAGGAAUGGUGGAAACAAGGGUUUUCUUACAAUAUCUUCCUGCUAUAAGAGCAUUAUGGGCAGACAGUGGCAUACAGAAUGCCUAUGACCGGCGUCGAGAAUUUCAACUGGGUGAAUCUGUAAAAUAUUUCCUGGAUAACUUGGAUAAACUUGGAGAACCAGAUUAUAUUCCAUCACAGCAAGAUAUUCUGCUUGCCAGAAGACCCACCAAAGGCAUUCAUGAGUAUGACUUUGAAAUAAAAAAUGUUCCUUUCAAAAUGGUUGAUGUAGGUGGUCAGAGAUCAGAAAGGAAACGUUGGUUUGAAUGUUUCGACAGUGUGACAUCAAUACUUUUCCUUGUUUCCUCAAGUGAAUUUGACCAGGUGCUUAUGGAAGAUCGACUGACCAAUCGCCUUACAGAGUCUCUGAACAUUUUUGAAACAAUCGUCAAUAACCGGGUUUUCAGCAAUGUUUCCAUAAUUCUGUUCUUAAACAAGACAGACUUGCUUGAGGAGAAGGUGCAAAUUGUGAGCAUCAAAGACUAUUUCCUAGAAUUUGAAGGGGAUCCCCACUGCUUAAGAGACGUCCAAAAAUUCCUAGUGGAAUGUUUCCGGAACAAACGCCGGGACCAGCAGCAGAAGCCCCUAUACCACCACUUCACCACGGCCAUCAACACAGAGAACAUCCGCCUUGUUUUCCGUGACGUGAAGGAUACUAUUCUGCAUGACAACCUCAAGCAGCUUAUGCUACAGUGAUGUACAAAAGACUUCUUGUUUUAAUAUCUUCUUGUGAUUUUGAUUGUUUUCUGUGUGUUUUGUUUUUUAAAAUAGCAGUUUACAACCAGAAUUAGAACAAUCUUGAUUCUAUGUUUAACUUCUUGAAAAUCUUAGUACUUUUUCUGCAGUCUUGGGUUUGUGGCUGAAAGCUGUCAAGUGACACAUCGCCAAGAUUUGCUGUAAUGCAGGCUUUGAUCUGCUUCACUAUGGCUUCUAUUCAAGUCCAGCUAAACCUUCCCAGCUGACCUCAGACUAGACAUAUUUCAGGCUUUCAAUUCUGUUUUUCAAACUGAAUUCUUCUGCAGUGCCAAGUAGAGAAGGUGUCUUUACUUGUAGUGAUGAGGUUAGGAAUAUUGGGUUCCAAAACAAGUAAGAUAUCUUCUGUCUGCCUUACACAUAGCAGUGACACUUGCCGCGUAGCUUAAUGGUGACCUCCUAUUUUGAAAGGGUUGUUAGAAAAAAGUUUGAUCUAAGAAAUGGCAUUCUGUAGAUUUAUAGAAGGUUUAGCCUUCAUAUUUUAAUUGCUUGUAUACACAGCAGCUGUUUUGCUUUUAAAUGUCUGUAUUUCUGAAGGUAAUGCUCUUAGAGUUUUCAAGUUUACAUAAGGAUCUUUGGUCUGAUGCUGAUGAAGAGUUCACAGGUGGUAUGGCAGGAGAGCAAAAGGCAAGCAAAUGCUAUUUACAGUGUUUUGGUGAAACGUAAUGAGUGAAGUAGAAUUUGCCUUUCUCGUGUUUAAUUAUCAUGUAGUUUAAUGUACCGUAUGUGAAACAUUGUGGCCAUAGCAGCAACUAAAAACUGCAAGUGACUUGGUAACAGAACUUUCUAAAUAAACUUAACCUGUUCCAGAAUGUCCUGUAUUUGACUUUUAAGCCCUAUCUCAGUUGGUCAGUAAAGACCAGUCCUUACUGUAGGAAAUCAUUGUUGUAACAUCACAAACAUCUAUCUUUUGCUGUCCUCUCCAUUCCCAUCAACUACAAACUGUGGCAUUUAUGGGAUUGUUUUGUUUGUUUGGAGCUUGCCAAGGGCAGUAUUUUUCUGUCAUAGUAUUCAGGAAGGCAUUAUUUGAGAUUCCUGUUCAUUCUUGGUAUGUCUCUAAAAGAUACAGUAUGUAUACACUUGUAUAAUUGUUGUUUAUGAAAGUCCAGCUUUUUUGAGGUAUAUUUUAAAUGUUUUAAGGAUGCUUCUAAGGAUAAGUAGUAAUUUUUUUUAGUUCGCACCUAAACGUGGUUACAUUGACCUCCCCCCACUGCUUACCAAAUUAAAAUGUGUCCAUGAAGUAGCUUUGUGAUUGCAGAUGCAUUCAUAGUGAACUCAUCAGAGUGGCUGAUUUGCAAUACUGAAAUACUAUCUUGUAGGCUGUAUGUAGUGCUAAAAUCAGAUCAGAGAAACAAAAGUCCAAGGCUGGUGACAGAAAAGUCUGACAGCUUUUCUUCUUUUCCUGAAAAUUUUAAGACUGUGAUAUCUGUCAUGUUGCUGUAUAGCUGGCUGUGCACUCAGGUAUUUUAUUGGUCCUUGAAGGACUGGUCAUUGCGGAUCACCCAGUCUUUCCAAGUCAGUGGCUGUUGUUCUGUCUUGCUGUCUGAUACAAGAGUGGGGCUUUUCUGUGAACUAACCAGGUAUUGUUCUUGACAUACCUGACUUUUCAAAGUAUGUUUUUUAGUAGAGGCGUGCUUUCACCAUAUUAGCCAGGCUGGUCUUGAACUCUUGACCUCAAGCCAUCCAUCUGCCUCAGCCUGCCAAAGUGCUGGGAUUACAGGCGUGAACCACCAUGCCCGGCCGACAUACCUGACUUUUCUCACAUUGGAACUUCUACUGUCCUUAUAUCCAUGUAACUUCCAGCGUUUUCAUGCCACGUAGCCCGGCACCGUGAUGCAGGUGUUCAUGGUAUCAUUCAUGCAUGUUUGAUUAGUUCUACAUCUAGUGCCUCUUGCCAAAAAGAAUACAUUGUUUAAAUUCACAAAGUUAGCCUAAUCGCAGUGCUAAUGAAUAUCUGAAUGUGCACAGUAACAUUUGGCCUGUUCAGUGGAGAAUUUAGCCAUACAUUUUAAAAAAUAGUUUUAUUGAAUGGCCAAAACAUUUAACUCCAAUGAGGACUCAAGCUAGAUCCCUAUAGAAAGAGGACACUUCAUGUUGUUUAAGUAAUAGUUAAGAUCUGUGAUACAAACUGUAGAUAUUGCCUGACAAAGCAGAAAUCACCAAGUUUCCCCAUUUUGACUUACCACUAGGAAGUGUUAAAACACCAAAUAGAUAGCGUGUUAUUUUGGGCAUUUGCAAUUUUCUUCCCUGCUGCAUGUGAUGUCUCAGAAUCAACAUACUUUUAAAUUUUAGAAUCAAUUUUGAGGCAAUGAAUUACUUACAUUCAACUUAGGGUUGUUUUGACAUUCAGUAGAACUUUAAGUUCAAUCUGAAGGCUUUAGUCCACAUUUUUUUUAAUGUGUUGUAUUUUUAAACCAUUUGAAAGGAGUCUUAUACCUGUAUCAUGAAAACUGAAUCCUUUUGAAAUACCACUUUAUGAAGAGAGAGAUGAAAUUUAGUGAACAGAAUUGAAAAGGUGCUCAUAAUUUUCACUAUGCCAACUUACCCCAGUCUCUAAAAAAGUAAAGUUCUUUGAUGUAUUUGAUUUUCUAAAUCUUUAUGAUUAUGAUUUGGAAUAAAAUGUGCCUAAUCCUGUAUUACAUUCUGUUCUUAAAUCUGAAUGCGUUCUCAUUUAAUUCUGAAGAAAUACCACACAAGUGUCUUCAUUGACCUUGAAGAAAUGUAUCAUAUACACAGUUGCCUUACAAAAACAACAACAUAAAUUUAGGCUAUAACUUUUAUAGAGAAAGGGUUUUGUCAAAUGUUUUCUGAAAAUCUGAGUAAUUCAAAGUGUGCCUCUGCCACUUUAAUAUUUUUAAUAACCUGGAUUGUUGCUGUCUGCCAAAUACUAAAUUGAAAUCUUCAUUUUAGUUUUAUUAUCUGGAAAGGGCACUGGCUUGUGGUGCAACCAAAGAAAGCAAUGUGGAAUGAAAAAGAUCAUUCACUUUUGUCUUAUUUUCUUUUAAGGUAUAUUGGCAUGUACUUUACAUAGAGAAGGUCCUCUGGUUAAUCUCUCAAAUUGAGGCUGUUUAGGGAAAUCCUUACUAAGUUGGUGGCAGUUGGUUUAAAGUAGAAGGAAAUAAGAUCACCUUAAUACUAGAAAUGAUUAGAAGUACUGAUUUAGAUUCAACAGAUACCAUAUGUCCUUGUCAUUUUUUGUAAGAAGAAAUAGGUAAAUCUUAACUUUCACUGUGUACCCAAAUACUUGUAUUUAUGCUUUUGAUAAAAUGUAUUUUCCACAUUAAUACACAUCCGGUUAUGCCUUAUUUAUAUAGGAAGAAUAAAGUUACCAUGUUACGCUGUUAUGUCCUGAAAUUCAAAUCACUAUUUGAGAAACCCUCAAAGUGGUGCUUUCAUUAUAUAAUGAUACAUUUAGGCAAAACCCCAAACCAAGCCAUUUGAAACAAGAUUCUCUCUGUUGCAAUUUGUAGCAAUGUUAUUUCUGUGUAUGUCAUGAGAAGGCUAACUAUCAGUGUUAAUUUCUUGUUUGAAUCCAUGAAAUCAUGCCUGUAAAACCCAAACAUUUGUAACAAACUCCCUAAUAAAUUUAGAGAAAGUCACUCUGUUACCAUUUCAUUUAUUUUAGUUUUAUUUGAGGAAUCAAAACCAGAAGUUUUGCUCAUGUCUUUUUCGCUUGGAAAUCUGACUUAGGAUCUAGUUACUUUGUCUCCCAUCAUUUUAAGGUGUUCACUUCUGUUAAUCACAGAUGAUCUGUCCUUGUGUUGUGCUGCUUGACUAAAAGCACUGAUUUUUUUUUUUUUUAAUGAUAGGAUACAGGGUGGCUUUUCAGUCUAGUAAAUAGGAGGGGAGAGAUUAUGGGUAGGUGUGGGUGUGUCUGCAUGUCCCAAAUAUAGCACAUGCCCAUUUUUUUAUGGUACGAGGUUAGGGCUCAAUAAAUGUAUACUAGAGCUUGAAGCAUAAGCCUAAGCCUGAACAUUUUAAACAAGUUGGACUUUAUGGCUUUUGCAAGUUCCAUCAAGUAGAUGUUAGCCUUAGGCUGGUAGGUGAUUAACAACAUUAUUUGAAGUAUAGUGUUUGUACUACUAGCAUUCUUAUGUCUGUACUUGAAUGUAUAGUUAGCAUUUAAGUUAUGUUCACUCUUGCGGCAUUCAGGUCUAACCAUCUGGUUUCAAAUGCGAGAGCUUAUAUGAAACAUUGUUUUGAAAGCAUGAAUGAUAAUGGCAAUAUUUCAUGGGUUGAUAGGGAAAUUUUUGUGACCUAUACAAAUCUGCUGUUGAUGAAAGUUUACAGAUGGAUCAGAGUAUGCUGGAACUCACUAUGCACAAAUUUUCAAUCAGGGGAUAUCACUGAAAGUCAUAUAGUACUUGGUAUGUGAUUUUGGUUUGUAUUAAGAAAGUUUGUUUAUAAUAUUUCUUGCCAUAGAGAUACAUUUGUCCUUAAUCAUGCCUAUUUGAUGGUACUAGGAAAGGAAAGGGUAGAGAUUAAUUCUUGCAAAGUAUAUGCAACAGUGGAACAAACUAUGCCAUUUACCUUUUACCUCUUACUUUAAGGCAGAAUUGCAAAACGUUUGAAAUGGCUUUUCUGUACUACUCUGCUCUGGUGAGAGCUCAUUUACCACAAGAAGCCUUAUAAAAUAUAUUUUGUAACAACCUCAUAAAUACUGUACCUAACAAACAUGAUUUGUAUUAGCUCUGUAUAAAAUAUUUUUGUGGCUUAGGGUUUCUUUUGUGUUUUUUUUAACAUAUAUCUUUUUAUAACUUUCCAGGAACUAAGCACAUUAUCUGAUAAUUGUAAAUUUUGUCAGUGCUUUAGUUCAGGAUGGGCAAUAAAUUAUUUUUAAAGGAGGUCUAAAAGUGGAAAGAAUGGUUUGAUUUUAUAAAAUGAGUUGCUAGUUCAUUACAGCUUUUUCCUUUUGUACAUAUUUUGCAAAACAUUUGCCUCUUGCUAUUAAUAUUUGCUUUGUAAAAUUUACUGACAUUUAAUAAACAUUUGUAAAUGA